GACAGUCGCCGUUCGUACAUUGUGCAUGUUAUCUCUAGUAUCGCUGUCUUGACACAAUCAAACGCUUCUUAAACCUAAACAAAAUCGGGAAAAGUCAGUGUUUAUGUGAAAAAGUGCGCUCUACGUGAUUAAAUCUUAAAUGUUUCGUGAGGAUUACAAUUAAAAUAUGAUCGAGAUGAGCAUAUGCACACUAAACCCAGGGCUAAGGGAUUUUCGAAAGCCCCACCACGGAAUGACAACAAUUUGCUUCCGCCCGCCUCCUCUGCCGCCAACAAAGAAAUCGAGCCAUCCGCCAUCAAACACAAACAAUCGCCAAAUGCGUAUUAAACAAAACCACGGCCUACUUUCCUCGACUUAUCUCAGUUUUCGCGAUUCCUCCGACGAUGAUUCUUUGAACGUUCGAGAAAUCGAAAAAUUUAAAACGGACAAUUUGCCGGAGAAAAAAUGCAGAAAAUUGACGCACACGAAUUCCUUGAUAAGAAGAAAGGAGGAGAAGCCAGUUGUCAUGACACGGAGUCAAUCGGAUGGAAAUCUCGAUAAGAAGGGACUCUCUUCGUCAACAAUAUGCAUCAAUCGGUACAUGAAAGUGCUCAGUGGAAGCUGGAAAAAUUUACUGAAUUUGGGCGGCAUGUCGCGGCCACCCAAGCCAGCGGCAACCGCAAAGAAAGUAGCCCCUCCCGCUGUACCCCAUGAGUUUCGACAUUCUGGAAGCUCCUUCGGAUCCGCGGGGUACGCCAGCUCAGAGGACACCGGACUGUUGGCUUCCUCCGAUGCACCUGGAAUUCCUAGAGAUGAUCAUUCCGAUUAUGGUAGCACGGUCAGUGGAAGCACUGGGAAAUCUCCCGGGCCCAUAUUUCCAGCACCUAGCUUCACGUUCCCAACACAGCUGCCCGGGGCAGGAACUGUUCUUACCCAUAAAGCAGCCGUUUAUUACCACCAUCAACUUAGUCUCCAAGAAGAUCAGGGUAUUGACAUGACGCAGUCUCCCGGUAGGGACAGUCCAGGUUCGUCGAGUGGCAGCGCAGGUUCGGGCUCGAGACAUAGCACAGCUUCCUUAGAUAGCGGAAGGGCAUCCUAUCAUCCCCUCAGUACGGCGGGUAGAAGUACAAUUGGUUCCUCCAAUAGUCCACGAUGUUCCUUAAGUUCAUGUUCGAUCGGUUCCGACCAGGGCCGCAUUGAACGGAUGAUCCACCAAGGAAUACCGGAUCAAGAAAUCAUUCAUUCCUGGCUAGUUGAUUUACAAUUUGAAGAAUACUUUCCACUAUUUAUAUCAGCCGGUUACGAUUUACCUACAAUCGGAAGAAUGACGCCAGAGGACUUGACUGCCAUAGGAAUUAAAAAACCCAAUCAUAGAAAACGGCUAAAAGCUGAAAUCGCCCAACUUAAUCUUCCAGACAACUUGCCAGAAUUCAUACCAGGGUCCUUAGAAGAGUGGUUAAAUCUACUGCGUCUAGACGAAUAUCUUCCAGCUCUUUUGGAACAGAACUAUCAGACAGUAGACGACGUCACCCAGUUAACAUGGGAAGAUUUAGAAGAGUUCGGAAUAGUGAAAUUAGGCCAUCAAAAGAAAAUAAUGCUAGCCAUUAAACGAAUUAAAGAUAUUAAGUCGGGAAAAAGAAUACAUACUGAUGCUAACAGAAUAUACGCCACACAAGACGUCCUGGUGCACGCUCCCGGGGAGCUCCCAUCGCCUGGUGUACCUCCAGUCCACAGCACUUUUCGCUCUUUUCACCAACCAUGGGAAAUCGACCAGACCCGACAGUUGCAGGCUGCAGGACAACCGCACUACGUACAACCGUCACUGUUUUGCACUGACAUUGUUCCCAUUAAGAUUCGAACCGGAAGAGGAAAAUCCCUAGAAUCUUUAGAGGAUCCAAGUGAGAGAACCCACCACACAUUCACUGCAGAUAACCAUCAAACAGUAUACUACCAACCCAUUGGCUGGCGCACAAGGUCCUAUGACGAUGGGGACAUCACUCCAACAAACGAGUCAGCAUUGUUAUACGAAGGAGGAGGAACUCUUCCUAGACCACGCGGUAUAAUUCGUCCUAGACCAAUCGCCAAAAUAGCAGCUAAAGCCCGUGAAACCUUCCCAGAAUUUGAAAAACCCCAGUUUAAUUCCCAGUAUAAGCCCUUGUCCAGGGAUGUGAUCGACGGCAGUGCAUAUCACAUGCAAUAUAGUAGUAGUCCACUGAUGGGUAAGAAGAUACCACCGAAUCCACCAAAGAGGCAGGAUAGUGAAUGUAAUGAACAGACCACAACAGUAGAAAUUCACCAUGUUCAGACUUCUAGCCCUUUACCUCUGCCAGCAUAUCCUAGCUCGGAUAGUCUUAGUAUAUCUCUAGAUAGUCAAGGUGAUCUUCCUUUGCCCCCUCCGCCAGCACCAGGGACACCCCCAGGAAUGUCCCACACACAGUGUAAACUAAACUCGUCUCAGUCUUGGAGCGUAGAGGAACAAGAGCUUAUCAAAACGUUGGCGUUACAGCACAGAAAUGGUUCUGAUGCAAGUUUUAAGUCGAGUUCCAGCACAGAAUCUGAUUCUUUGCCUUUCGCCAACGAAAACGCCGGCACCAUAAGAACGCGAGCUGGAGCUGGUGGUAGACAAGCUGAAUUCUCUUCUCCGAAACCGACACGUUCCGGCCUGCCCCCGCAUCCGUCCCCAACGCCUAACCGACAACAGCCGAACGUUCGAACCCAAAGAGCGGAGCCGGCUGAUGUCUUGAAUGAUAUAGGAAAUAUGUUAGCGAAUCUCACCGAUGAGUUAGAUGCCAUGUUAGAAGAAGAAAAAAGACAGCAGUAAGUUUUGUUUGUAAGUUAUAUAAGACUGAACAUCAAAUUUGUUUUAAAAAUUUGUUAGGUUAUUUUCGGCAACUAAAAUCUCUCUGCUGGUUUCUUAAAGUUUAUCUAUAUACAGUCUAUAAUAAUUCAGUAUUUAAUCAUAAUAUUCCUAAUAUGAAAGAAAGGUAUUUUUUGCUUGGUUUAAAGUUGGUCUCAACAACAGAUCAUGUAGUGGAUUAAACGGACUAUUCUUUAAAUUCAUAACUAUUUAUAUCGUUUGUUAUUUCUACUUUAGAUACAGGAUGCAUCCGGAACGUAAAUAAUUCAUCUGAUAUGGUAUAUAUUUACUAAACCUCUUUCAGCUAUGAUUGAUGAUCCUAAUAUAAUGAUUUUUGACAUGAAUUUUGUAAUAUUUCAAAUAUAUUUGUAUCCUUUUUGAUGUUAAACGCUUAACUUUAUAUGCUUGUCUCUUUAGAUAGGUGUUAGAUCUGCCAUUCCGCUUUUGUUGCAACCGUAGUAACUGACCUUUUAUACAAAAAUAUUAUAUUUUGGUCAUUUCUAGAAUAGGCACUUUUGCAUUACAAUCUGUUUAACAGUCAAUUUACCAUCUUCUCCCUUACUACUUAUUUUCAUCUCCCACGUCUACUCACUUUCGAUUAUCUAGUGCAUAUAAAGAAUAUAGAGCUGUCCUGCUGUUACACAUGAUAGAGAUAUAAUUCUAGUUAUCGGAAAUAACAAAUUUUUACUUAAUUUCAAAUCAAAAUGAGUUAAAUUUCGCAUAAUUUUAUAUAGAAUUUAUAGACAUAAAUGAUUAUUUUAUCUUUGUACAUAAUUUUUAGAUAGACAGAUAUGUAUUGUAAAUUAUGUAAAAGAGUUAUUAUACUUUUUAUUAUUUUAAACACGGUUUUCUGGGGAUUAUGUAGUCAUUUUCUUCACAGUCCAAAAAUGUCAUUGUGAUCUCUUGCAUCACUAUAGAAUAGGGUGUUUGUUUAAAAUGUAAUCCACCUUGAAAAUGUUAAAAAUCAUUCCUAUGUAUCUCUGAUAGGGACUUAAUAGUUUAUAUUAACCCUAACGAUAUUUUUUUUAACGCUAAAAAGGUUUAUUAUUACUAUAAGAUUUUUUGUAGUGUAUAAAUCAGUGCUAUACAUUUUUCUAUUUGCAUUUAUAUUUAGUUAUCAUUUAGUUGAAUUUAUAUCGUUAUCAAUUAUUAUCAUCAUGAUCAUAUCGAUUUUAGUGAUCUCACGUGUCUCUAAGCUUCAAAAGAGCAAGAGCUGGGAAGAGACAGUAGAUCAAUAGAGGGUGUUAAAGAGCUAAGAAUUUCGAAGAAAAAUUUUCAUUUUUCAAUCAUAUCUUCUCCUUCUUUUUGUUAGAAUGGUGUCAGGUGUGGGGCCUUUUGUUACAAUAACAAUACGUACAAAGAAGAAAAAACUAUGUAUAUGUUAAUAAAUGUGAAAACUUCCAAAGUAUACUUAUUAUGGUUUCAGGAAAGAUACUGGCACAAAAGAAAAAAAGUUAUAUAGAGGACUUGUCAUUUCGUAAUUAUGGUUAUAAUUUGUAAUAUUUUUUGGAACUGUCGAUAAUCUCUAAAGCGCGAAUAAUAUAGUUUAUUGCAGCAACUCUUACUAAAAUAUAUGAAUAUUUUAGAAGAUUAAAUUGAGGUUAAACAUUUCGAACAUAGUUUAUGUUUAAAGGUACAUAUACUUAAAAGAGUAAUCAAUUAAAGUGAAGAAGGCAAAUUUCUAGUACCAGAGAAAUAAAUACUUAAAAGAAUUGGAAAUAUGAAGGUUUAUAUCGAAGGUGCAUAUUAGCCAGAUCACCAGAAGAGCAGAUGUAUAUCUGUUACAAGGAAUAAUUUAGACAAAAAGUGUCCCACUUGUGUCACAGGAAAACCCACUGUAAAAGAACCAUUGAAAUCGACAGCGAGACUAAAACAUCUUUAUAGAGGAGGAUGUUAUGUUGGUAUAGUGUUAUCUUUCAUUUGUUUAUAUCGACUACCAUCUUAAUAUAUCUUACCUCAUUUAUUGCUCUUUUAAAUGAUACAUUUAUUCUUGAAUCCCUUAAAUGAGACAACUAAAAAUCUUUCUAAAUUUUAUACUGCGCGUAUCUUCAUUGGUUCGUGUUUGUUCUUGCGUUAAUCAUCUUCUCGUAGCAUUUUCUAUAGUUUUUCUUCAGUGAAGAUUGAAUUUAAUUCUAGUUGUAUUAACCAAAACAAUUUCGAAAGCAUUUAGUAGGUCAAUAGCAGGUCACGUAUGUGUUGAUUAGGAGAGCUUUGAUACGAAAGCUAUCUGCAAGUCUAUCCAUUUGCAGAAAAUUUAACUAAAGACAUCAAUCAAAGUGAUACAUUUAUCAAUGUAUCACUUCCAUAUUUGAUCUCUCCCGGUCCAAUUUACCGUUUAACCUUAAACUUACAUUAAAUUGGGGCAUAUGUAAGCUAUAACUACUAUUUGAAGGGAAAGAGGAUCUCCUAUUGCGAUCCUUUCUAUAACUUAUUAAUUAUUCGAAAUAACAAUGAGAUAUUAAAAUUUUCAAGGUAGUUCAUUUUAAAUAAAUACAAUAUACAUACAGGGUGUGUCUAAUUCAGCUUUUAUUAGUAACAAGAUAUCUAUAAUAAACGACUGGAUAAAUAUAUUGAAAAUUAUUUGAAUACUGUGCUAAAAAUAUAUGUUUGAUCAAUGUAGAGACACCUUCUAUGUUCCACACCUAAUUGCAUUGAUUUCGAUUAGUAAAAAAGUGUUAUAUGUGUCAUAUUUAUCACAAACGAUAAAAGUGAUUCCAUUUGUUUGCUGUUUAAAAUUUGAACGGACGGAAUGAAAUGUAAAUAAUAAUAGAUCUUGUACUGAAGUUCUAGGAGAUAUAAAUUCAAUAAAAAAAUUAGAAAUUAGGUACUUUUUGUACAGUCAUCUUUAGUAUACGAAUCUAGAACCUUUCAACCUAGAUUUGGUGUUUUCUUGUGACGCAAAUCUAAAUAUCUUAGCUAUAAUAAGGAACUGUUUUGAGAUUGUAAAUUCCAUGGACGUAUAAAAAUUCUGAAAUACUAUAUACUUAACAAAACUAAAUUAUAGAGUUCAUUUGAGUCUAUUUGGUGCAAAUUAUCGCGCAUUUAAACAUUUCUAUACGUCAUUAAAAUGGCAUUCUAAGAUCAGUCAUUAUGUCAUUACAGAAAUAUACCAAAUUAUAUUGUAACGUUAAAAUCAAACGAUGGAUUAUGAAUUCAAUUCUAUCCACUUUUAUUUAUUUAUAAUUAUUAUAAAAUGACGCAGCUUCAGCGCAUUUCAUUAGUCUGGAGGUUUACCCUACAAUAUGGUAUAAAUAGGAUCUUAUUCUUUACAUUCUUAGUAUUAUUUUACAUUAAUCAAAACAAAAAGAUAUAUUCUAGAAACAAGGUGAACAUAAUAAGUUGAAAGAUUUGGUAUUUUUCGUUUCGUAUUUUGUGACCGAAGUAUGACAAUAUUCUUUGUUUUACCGUUAAAUGCAGUUGUUGUUAUUAUUGACCUAUCCUUUACAAGGCAGUUUUAUUAGUGACAUAAUGUGUCCAUGAUAUUUGUAACAUUCUACGGUAGCACCACAUUUCGAUCGCUGCUAUUUUCUCACUGGUGGCCUUUGACAAGGUGCAAGCUUCCACGCCAUAGAAAGAAGUUAAAAACUCUUGUUAGCACUUGAAAACUCGUAAUAUACUAUGUAUAUUAAGCCGCAAAUUACACAGUACAUUCCUCAUUUUGUUAAAUAUACUUUUGAAUUUCUUGAUUCUAAUAUGGAUUUUACGCCAGUGAUCCCAAUCUUCGUUCAGGUUUCGUUGUGAAAUUCUGAACUCUUACUAGUAUCUCUUUACUUGAUGGUAUGAUUUUUUGCAGCUGAUCAUUACCUCGGUUUUGCCGAUGUUAAGACGCAUACCAUACCGUCUGCUACCAGCGUAUACUACAUCCAUUCUUGAAGUCCCGUUGGACUGUUGGCAAGUAAAACGGUAUCGUCAGCAUGGUACUAGAAUAGGUAGGACGUUAAUUUAAAACCAAAAGCAACUAUCUAAAUAAUGAGUUAUUAACUAUUGCAACUGAAAUUGUCCACUGUAAUAAUUACUGUAGUAUUGAGUUCCUAAGAAGACAUUUGGCUUUCCGUCACAAUUAUUAAAUACACAAUUUUGUUAAUUGUUAUUCUUUUUUCAAUAAUUUUAAAAAGACUGAAAAUAGAUUUUUUUUAUUGAUUGAUGUACACCCAAACUGAAAAACAUUUAUCAAACGUUCUUUAAUAUGCAUCACAGGUCAUUUUUUUAAUUGAAAGGACAUUCUGUAUUUACAUUUUGCGAGUUAUUUGCAAUAAAAAAUGUUAUCAAUGUGCUACUUAAAUAGUUUAUAUUAAAUAUACCUAUGUUGUUAUUUGUCAUAGCAGUUUCUUAAUAAUAUAGCUGUUAAUAUGACUUUGAUACUCUUUUAUUAUUUUAUUUUAAUUACAUUGAUUAACUGUUAACAAGUAUGAAUAUAGAUUAAAUAAUAAAUAUACUGAUUACG